AUGCAGGCUCACCAUGUCCGCAUCCCCUUCUUCGCCCUCGGUGGUGCCCGCCAAGAGGAAGCAUCGGCCCGGACUGCAACGGGUUCAAAUCGCAUGCGAAAGAUGCCGCCUCAGGAAGAACAAGUCAAGCUCCGGCAAAUCCAGUCCAGGACACAGAAGAUAUUCUACCCUAUCAAGGUUGCCGAUGCCAUAGACCCCAAUAACCUCAAGCAGGAACGUCAAUCUCUGCGAUUUAUGCUCGAUGACUGGAUCACAGGAGCCCCGCGCAACUCCAAAUCAACACCAGCGACGUUCCAGUCACCGGACUGGUUCCAAAUUGCCUAUUCGCAUGGCCUCCUCCUACUCUAUAGGCCAUCACCAGCCUGCCCGGCAAUCAAUCUGGAGUCGUUGCAAAUCUGUGCAGACUCGGCGAUUAGCCUGAUCAGUUCCUACUCCUCACUUUAUGCCAAGAACAAAAUCACCUACACCUGGAUUUCCCUGCAGUCCCUCUUCAUGGCAAGCGUCACCAUGCUAUAUACCCUCUGGGUCAGCCCUCAGACCCGCAAAAGCACGAGAAAGGUGGUGGUCCAAUCAAACGUCAGGUCGUGUCUGGCCCUCUUCGAUGCAAUGGAGCACCAUUUGCCACUGGCCAAGAGGUUCUACGGCAUCAUCGACCGCCUCGGACAGGCUGCCGUGGGCCUGUUUGAUCCCAACAAUAACGAGACACCAUCUCCCCUCUCUGCCGAUCCGGACAGCGCGGCUGACUUCCGACAGGUCGACGCCGAGUACAUUGGGUGGUUUGCAAACCGCAACGCAACGCUGAAAGAAGCAGCUAGCGCCAUACUGGCGCGUGGUCCCAUCAGAGGCUCCUAUCAAGGACUUUUCCCAUGGGCCGUCAUCGAACCCACCACCAAGGGGGCUAUAUUGAUCUUCACAUCUUCCGAGGUCGCGUAUUUCGCGUCAAAUAACCUUGCGCUCUCCCCUGCGGUAUCCGCCACGUUUGGAGGCGUGGCUGGUGGAGCUGCCCAGUCGUAUCUGACCAUGGGCAUGACGACGUGCAUGAAGACGGUAGAGGCCACAAGGAACAAGGAGAUGGCCAAGGGGACCCGGGUGCCUGGCACGAUGGAGACGUUCUUUAACAUCCUGCGAACCCAAGGUAUUCGGGGGGUCAACAAAGGUGUCAACGCGGUGGCCCUCCGGCAGAUCACAGGAUGGAGCAGCCGCAUGGGCAUAUCGAAGGGGGCAGAAGGGCCAAUCCGGGGGCUCACAGGGAAAGAGAAAGACUGA